AUGUCCCGGGCACCUCCACCACCGGAUUUUUCACGAAUUGCUGCUGAAAUCCGCAAGAGGUUGGGUAAUUUUGGUGAUAUCGCAGGGCUUACAGCUCUGGUCGGUUUUGGGGGAUUGGUUUGUGCAGGUUUGUACAAAUCCAUUUACUUCGUUGAUGGCGGCUGCUGCGCGGUCAAGUUUAAUGCCAUCACAGGUCUGAAAAACCGAACGUACGGCGAGGGAGCCAACUUCGCCAUCCCGUUUCUUGAAACUCCUGUUGUGUUCGAUAUCCGAAAUAAGCCAACAGAAGUGCUGACUGCAACUGGGAGUCGUGACCUGCAGACGGUCAACUUGGCUGUACGUGUCCUCUACCAGCCGCACGUGAGCGCCCUCCCCGACAUAUACCGUAACGUUGGAAUGGAAUAUGCAGAAACUGUGUUGCCAUCGCUGGUGAACGAGAUUAUUCGCGCCGUAAUAGCACAGUUCAACGCCUCGGAUUUGCUGGUGAAGCGCCCGGAGGUGAGCAACCGGAUUGGGGUAAUGUUGGCCGAACGUGCCAAGCGGUUUCAUAUUGACAUUACGGAUGUCUCCAUUACCCAAAUGAGUUUUGGUAAGGAAUACACGAGUGCUGUAGAGGCGAAACAGGUCGCCCAGCAGAUGGCGGAACGAGCGAAGUGGCGUGUUGAACAAGCGGAACAGGAAAAGGAAGGCGCAAUUUUGUUGGCGAAGGGUGAAGCGGAGGCGGCCAAGCUUAUUGGAAUGGCCGUGCAGAAGAACCCAGCCUUUAUUACGCUGCGAAGCCUUGAGGCGUCCAGGACUAUUGCCGAUCUCAUGCGACAGAAGGGGUCUGGAAGCUUCUACAUCGACAGUGAUACCUUGUCUCUGAACACCCAAACUAUUGGACAUUAG